UUUAAUCGGUUACGACUACGGUCUCAAAAAGUGGAGCCACGUAAAGUCGGAGGGAGUAUUUUAAUGUUAUCCAUUCGAUCAUCUUCAACUUUCUUCCAUUUUUCCACGGCUAUUUUCAGUUCUAAAACCCAGAAAAAAUUAAAAAUUAUGCUCACUUCAUCUGUUUUCCGCAAUUCAAUCACCUCAAUUUCAGUAUUUUCAUCAACAACUACUAAACCAAAAUUAUCAAAUUCAAACUCAAUCAAAAAAUUCCCUAUUCAAUUCAGAAUUCGCGCCACUAUUAAACAACAAAAACCCCUUCAAUCUCAAUCUCCAAUUGAAGAUUUUGAUGAGAGAGAAAAUUCUAAACCUAGGGUUUUGCUCAAUAGUAUUAGGGUUUUAGAGUGGGAUAAGGUUUCCGACGCUGUUUCUUCCUUUGCCGGCACUUCUCUUGGUCGUGUUGCUUCAAGGGAACAAUUGUUGUCGCUUGAUCAGACGUAUGAGGAGAGUUUGGAGUUGCUAAGAGAGACAAAUGCAGCGGUUGAAAUUCGCAAGCAUAGUAAUUCGUCCCUGGAUUUCACUCCCAUUGAUGUUGUUCUGGUGAGAUCUGCUGUAGACCAUGCGCGGAGAUCUUCACCAGUGGCUGGACAAGAAGCUAUGGCUGUUGCAGUUCUGCUACAGAUGGCAGAGGCUUUGCAGACUAACAUCAAAGCAGCAAUCAAAGAAAAUGCCGAUAUGCUUGAUCGUUUCAUGCCCCUGGCUGAUUUGAUACUGGACUGGGUCACCAACAAAUUGCUAGUCAGAUCAAUACUGCAAGUUAUUGAUGAAGAUGGCUCUGUCAAAGACUCAGCAAGUGGAAAACUCAAACAGGCACGUUGGCGAGUUUUGAACCUUGAAAACAAGUUGCACCAGUUGAUGAACACUCUUAUUGCAAAUGAAACAAAUAAAACUAGUUCUUUGGAAGCAAGUAAUGUUGAUGGAAGAUGGUGCAUCAGAUCAGGAGCACGUCAACUGACAAGUUUUAAAGGUUUAUUGCUUUCAAGCGGAGCUGGCAUGGGGAAUAUUAUUGAGCCAGUCUCUGCUGUGCAGCUAAAUGAUGAAUUAAUGGAAGCAAAGGCAUCCAUUGCUGAUGCAGAGGCUGAAGUUCUUUUGGAUAUAACAGAAAAGAUUAAACUGGACCUUGAUAACAUUGAAAAAUUAUUGAAGAGUGUAAUUGCACUUGAUGUUGUAAAUGCUAGAGCCAGUUUUGGCCUCUCAUUAGAAGGAACCUGUCCUGAGUUACUUCUACUGGAUGAUAAGAAUACACCAUCAUCUUCAGAAGGCUUUUUGCAUAAAAAUAACGCUAUGAAGCUUGCCUACUCCACCAAUAAGCAAUGGAAGUUGUGUAUGCCCAAAGCAUAUCAUCCUAUUUUACUUCAACGACACCGGCAUGAUCUACGGGAAGCCAAAAAGGAUGUCGCUAAUGCUAUUGCUGAAUUUCGGAGAAGAAAAAUAAAUGGGACAAAUUUCGGCCAGCAAGAAGUCACACAAGAAAAUAUUGAAAUCCUACAAGAGAAGGUUACUCAAUUGGAACAAGCUCACCCAGUUCCUGCUGAUAUAAUGAUUGCUAAGAAUACAAAAGUUCUUCUUAUAACUGGACCUAAUACAGGUGGCAAAACCAUUUGCUUGAAAGCGGUUGGAUUGGCUGCCAUGAUGGCAAAAGCAGGCCUGUAUGUUGUAUGUGCUGAACCUGCACAGGUCCCAUGGUUUGAUUCUGUUUUUGCUGAUAUUGGUGAUGAACAGUCAUUGUCUCAGUCUUUAUCAACUUUCUCAGGACACCUCAGGCAAAUCAGUGAUAUACAAGCUAGAUCUACUAGUCAAUCUCUGGUGCUUUUGGAUGAGAUUGGUGCUGGCACUAAUCCUUUAGAGGGAGCAGCACUUGGUAUGUCUGUUCUUGAGUCAUUUGCUGAAGCUGGUGCCUUACUAACUAUAGCCACAACACAUCAUGGUGAACUUAAAACCCUCAAGUAUAGCAAUGAUGCAUUUGAAAAUGCAUGUAUGGAGUUUGAUGAAGUCAACUUGAAGCCAACUUACAAAAUUCUUUGGGGAGUUCCAGGACGUUCAAAUGCUAUUAAUAUAGCUGAAAGGCUUGGGCUUCCUAAAGUAAUUGUAAAUAAUGCUCGUGGACUAUAUGGAGUCGCCAGUGCAGAGAUUGAUGAGGUCAUAUAUGAUUUGGAGAAGUUCAAGCUAAAUGUUGAAGAAUAUAAAGAUGAAGCGCAACGUUACUUGAGGCUUUCCAGAGAUCUUCAUGAGAAAGUGCAGCAUACCCAGAAGAAGCUUGAUGAACAUAGUUCUAAUCUUAAAUAUAGAAUGAUGCAACAAAUAACAGAGCUUGCAUCUACAGCACGUUCAAAUCUACACAUGAAAAUGCGUCAGUAUCGUGCAUCUGCACAUAAGAGAAAACAUCCUGCAGAAGCGAACGUGCAACCAGCUGGUACACUGAUUAAUAGCCAGCAUUAUACAGCAGGUUCCAAUACUGUUGUUCCCGAAACUAGAGGUACAUCUUCUGCCAAGGAGGUCAAGCCAUCAUCAUCAGGUCUAGAGAAAAAAACUAUAAUCCCCAAGGUUGGUGAGACCGUGCAAGUUCCUUCCCUAGGGAUGAAGGGAACAGUUCUUAAGGUGGAACCAUCCAAAGAUGAGAUAUUAGUACAAGCUGGUAAACUGAAGUUGAAGUUGAAAAUGUCUGCAAUUAAGUCCUGACUGGUAAUAAUGCUGUGCAGUUGUGAAGAUAGAUAGGUAUGUCGAUUCAUCUAUCUGUCAGCAUCGUAUUUGGUAAUCUUUUUGACAAUGUAGAAAAGAAGUAAAAACAAAAGGUUGGAUUGCUGAAGCGUGGAGGAUUGCUCUAUUUGGAAGUAUGGUGGCAUUGUGCUGCACUUGAAAAGAAAGAAAACAACAGCUGUUUAGGUUAGAGCUUUCCCAUGAUGCGGUAUUCUAUUAUGGAUAUUGUAUAGCUACGUGUGUUAUAUUCCUGAUCAAACUUGAUUUUUAGAUGUUGUAAGUACAUAAUGUAAUAGCUUAAGUGCAUGAUUAUUUUAGCCCUGUUUUUGUAUACAAGUGAUGACACUUUGUGUAUUCAUAAAAUUAUUAUAUUUAACAUUUA